CAGAAACCAGCUGCACUUCUCUCUCACACCCCUGAGGGAGCAGGAGCCGCCAGAGCCAUCGGGGCAGCAGAGAACAUGGCCCAGAGCGUGGUCUACGCCGACCUGAAGUUCGCAGCAUCCCCGCCGCUGGCCGUGCCCUCCUGCCCCGCAGCCCCCGACGAGGACGACAGCCCCUACGAGAACGUGCUGCUGGGGACGGUGCCUGCAGAGCAGAGCCCAGGUCAGAGCCCGGCCACCGACACGAGGAUGCUGAGGCGCAGGGUGGGCAGCGGGGGGCGGCAGUGGGACCAUGGGUGAUGCUCUGCUCACAGCUCAGCUCAGCUCAUGUCACCUCUUGCAGGGCGACGGCCCCGGCGCUGGCGUGUCCCCAUGGGGCCGCUGGCCACCAGCCUGCUGGUGCUGCUGGUGCUGUUGGUGGUGGGCACCGUGGCCCUGGGGACCCGCUACUGGCAGGUCACCCGCAGCCUGCGGGACGCCUCCCGGGAGCAUGCGGCCGAGCAGGGCCGCCUGGAGCAGGAGCUGAGCGCCCGGGAGCAGCGCCUGGAGCAGACGCGGCUGGAGCUGGUGAGGGCCAGAGCGGAGCUGGGCCGUGCGUGGUGGGACGGCAACAGGAGCCGAGCGGAGCUGGAGCUGCGGGACACGGAGCUGGGGCGCGCCAGGCAGGAGCUGGCCGAGCUGCUCAGGGAUGUGCAGCGCCUGCAGGGAGAGCUCAACAGCAGCCAGAGCACCGUGGCCAGCCUGCGCGCCUGCCUGAACACAGAGUGCUGCCCCUCGGGCUGGGUGCUCUACAGGGGCAAGUGCCUCUUCAUCUCCGUGGAGAGCAAGACGUGGAGGGACAGCCGUCAAUACUGCCAAAGGACGUCCGCUCAGCUGCUGGUCCAAGGCGACUGGCCAGCGUGGACAACGCCGGGGAAUGGCGCCGUGUACUGGGUCGGGGAGAGAUACAAAAGUCAUCUCCAUUCACGCGAGGACACGUAUGGAUGGCAAUAUAAAGAGUAA